AAGACCACCAAGCCUCCCACCUCCUACUGUCAGCCUUCUCCCGUUUCUCUUUCCUACCUUCUUCCCUUCCUUUCCACCAAACUAAACCCCGCCUUUUCCAUCUACGACUUAUUAGAAAUCACUUGUAGUCUGACAUAAUCCACGCGACCCAUGUCUUUGCCCUUCGAGCUCGCUCGCCGCGCCGUGUCGCACCCGCAUACAGCGACGUUUGUCAAGCGCGCUGUAAUUGUUCAGAAUGACACAGGAGACAAGAUCCAGGUGCCGACUUGGGGUGUCGUUGUGGUCUAUGUGACCAUAUUGGUUGCCAGCGUAGCUGUGAGCCUUAUCUCAUACAUGCUCAACCAAGUCGUCACCACUCUGUGCAUGGUCGAGUCCCCCGUCGCCGCCAUCACCGUCUCCCCUUCCGAGUAUGAACCAUCCGACAAAGACGGCGAGAAGGAGGGUCUUCUUGAGACUGGCCCUACCAUUACCCUCGUCCACCAGAAGCCCAUCACCUCGACUAUCCGCGGCACACUCCGCCACCUCGUGGCCAACGCUGGGCGCUGGGCACGCUUCCGUGGAUUCCGCAUCCAUGCCUUGUACUCUAUCCUCGCCAGCCUUGUCGCCACCUUCUUCGGCGGUGCUCUCCCCCAAGUGCCCGGCAUGAUUGUCGUCAGCGCCGGUCUCACUGGUGCCGUCCUCGCAAAUGUACACGCAGCAUGGACACACAAGGUUGUUGGCAUGCCCAACACCCAGAGCUUGUGGCAGCGUAUCCCCUCAAAGGCCCACUGGAAGACACUCGCUGUUCCCGCUGCCAUCGCAUCCGUCAUGCCAUACGUUAGUCUGUACCUUACCGCUGGCGUUGGUAUGCUCCUCGGCCUUCACAACUUGGAGAACGAGAACAUCACCACGUGCUCGCAAUGGAUGGGUCUCAUCGUCCGUUUCGCCGCCAUCGCCAUCUUCGCCGUCACCUGCACCAUCUUCCUCUGCCUCCCCGCCAUGGUGACCCUCGUCCGCAUCGAAGCUUCCAUCCUCCCAGAGGACCAGGACACCAUCAUUCCUUUUGACCGAACUUUCGGUGGCAAGGUCGUCAGCCAAAUGAUGGGCGGUACCGGCGUCGUUGGCUUCUUGGAUGCCUGGAGGUCCUUCAACUGGGAGGCUCGUCGCCGUCUCAUCAAGCUCUUCGCAAAGACCUUUUUCAUCAUGAUGGCCAUUGUCGUCGUUCUGGCGCACGUUGUUCUCUUCGAGGUGUUUGCUAUCAUGGGUCCUGCUGUCGGUGCCUUCAUGGCGUCGAUCAAGGAAGAUCAGGCCAUGAUGAACGGCGCUUAGACGCCGUCGCUAUGACGGUCGAUUUUCUGUGUUGCUAGAGAUUGUAUACCAGUGUUGUUAGUCUUGGGUCGUUGGGCGUCGGCAUGGAUAGAAGAGCAUAUUGUAUUAGUUUUUAUUGUAUCUUUUUUUACUCACUCGUUGACAUCACGUAGACAUACCCAUAAUCAGAAAAAUGAAAUCAUGUGCUG